AUGUCGAAUAGUAACACGUAUCGAUUACGUUCUUUUCGAAAACCAAUUAAACCGGUUAUUGAUAUUGAUGAAGUUGAAGAUGACAAACGACGAGAUCCAUUUGGUCGAAAACGUGUUGAAGUUAUCAAAUGUUUAUUAGAUUCAUCUUCGGAUGAAAAUGAUGAUGAAGAUAUUCGUAAGCAAAAUUCGAAUAAAAUUCUUUGGUUAACAUUUGCUGAAAUAUGUCAUAUUCGUUCUGUUCUGGCUGAAACCACUCAUAGCACUCGUAUGUUCAAUACAGAGAAACAAUAUUCGAAAAUCUUUCAGAAAGAGUUAUGUUUUCGAUGUCAAAAGCCAAUAAAUGCCUUAUUUUUUAUUUCAUCGUUUUUCUAUGCAAAUAAUUCUUCUAUUUGUUAUAUAUGCCAGCAGAAAAUUUGUAAAAAUUGUUCAAUAUUAAAUUUUUUACCUCCUUCACCAAAGCAUUGUUUUCCUGUUCGAGUACAAACUUUAAUAAAAUCAUCGUCAACACCAAUUGAAAAUCAUAGCAGUGACACGAAUGCAUCGAAUGCAAAAAAACAAACAAUCUGUUAUGAUUGUUCAAAAAUAUUUGAACAAUACAGAAAACCUUCUCAAUAUUCUGUCAAACCGUCAGUUGAUGAUCGAUCUCGAUCUUUCAUGUCAUUAAGUUUCCCUUUCAAUAUAUCACGAUACAGACAUGAUAGUCAUGCAUCUACUUCUGUUGUCAACGCUAAUGCUGAAGAAACGAUUGCAAGCAAUAAUAUAUUGGUGACUCGGUUUUAA